GAGUUUGUCAUAAAUGUGGUUGCUUCAUCUCUCUCUAUCUCAUUAUCUUACCUUGUGGAGUGUGAAUGUAUAUUUUGUAUACAUUAGCUAUGAGACACUGAAAAGGAUGAUAUAAAAAAAAAGAGCACCAAGAACUGAAAAGUACAAGACACCAAAUCCUCCAUCUUCGAUUUUUAUCUCUACACCCAGCUAAGCCAACGAAGCACACAAUUCAACUUCUUCUUGCCUUCUUCAAGAGUCACAGAGAGACACGUAUAGGCAUGGAGAUAGGAGAGAGCCAUGACAGAGGUAAAGAAGACUCGGCCGCCGUUCAAGCGUCACCGAGGAGUCCUUUAAGCUCCAUAGAUCUCGCCAUGGACGGCGCCAUGAACGCUUCCAUCGAGCAGCUUUAUCACAACGUCUGCGAAAUGGAGAGCUCCGAUGAUCAAUCCCCGUCGAGGGCGAGUUUCAUUUCAUACGGAGCCGAGUCGAGAAUCGAUCUGGAGCUGAGGCAUCUCGUGGGAGGAGAUGUUGGAGAGAGAAAGAAAGACGUUGUCUUGGAGAAGAAGGAAGAAAGCAACGAGGGUAGUAAAAACAGAGAAGGUAGCUUGAGCCGCAAGAAACCAGAGAAACUUGCGAAAACAAGCCCUAAUGCGAAACUGAGGAUAUCUUCGAGGAAAUCUCCGGAUCUCAGGAAGGUGUCUGUAGAUGAAGAGAGUCCUGAGCUAGGGCCGUUGUUAUUAAAGCAAGCGAGAGAGAUGGUUUCAUCUGGCGAAAACCUAAACAGAGCUCUUGAUUUAGCGUUACGUGCGGUGAAAGCUUUCGAGAAACGCGCGGAAGGAGAGUUGAAUCUGGUCAUGUCUCUACAUAUCUUAGCAGCUAUCUACGCCGGUUUAGGCAAAUACAACGAAGCGGUUCCCGUUCUCGAACGGUCCAUCGAGAUACCGAUGAUCGAAGACGGCGAGGACCACUCCUUAGCUAAAUUCGCAGGGUGCAUGCAGCUCGGCGACAUGUACGGCCUAAUGGGCCAAGUCGAAAACUCUCUUCUCCUCUACACGGCGGGUUUGGAGAUUCAAAGACAAGUUCUCGGAGAGACAGAUCCACGAGUCGGCGAAACUUGUCGGUACCUAGCAGAAGCGCACGUCCAAGCGAUGCAGUUCGAAGAAGCCUCAAGACUCUGUCAAAUGGCGUUGGACAUACACAAAGAGAACGGUUCCACCGCUACAGCUUCCAUCGAAGAAGCUGCCGAUAGAAAACUAAUGGGCCUCAUCUGCGACGCCAAAGGCGACUACGAGGUCGCCCUCGAGCAUUACGUUCUAGCGAGCAUGGCUAUGUCCUCACAGAACCAUAGAGAAGACGUUGCGUCUAUAGAUUGUAGCAUCGGCGACGCCUACAUGUCUCUAGCUAGGUUUGACGAGUCGAUAUUCGCGUACCAGAAGGCUUUGGCUGUUUUUAAGCAGUCCAAAGGUGAGAGUCACUCCUCCGUUGCUUCGGUCUACGUCAGGCUUGCUGAUCUCUACAACAAGAUAGGGAAGCUGCGAGAUUCGAAGUCCUACUGCGAAAACGCGCUUAGGAUAUACCUAAAGCCGUCUCCGGGGACUCCGAUGGAAGAGGUUGCGACUGGUUUUAUAGAGAUCUCCGCGAUUUAUCAGUCGAUGAACGAGCUUGACCAAGCUCUUAAGCUGCUGAGACGCGCGUUGAAGAUAUAUGUGAAUGCUCCGGGUCAGCAGAACACGGUUGCUGGUAUUGAGGCUCAGAUGGGUGUGAUCUCUUACAUGAUGGGGAACUAUCCCGAGUCUUACAACAUCUUCAAGAGCGCGGUUUCGAAGUUUCGAAACAGCGGAGAGAAGAAGACGGCUAUGUUUGGGAUCGCUUUGAACCAACUGGGGCUUGCGUGCGUCCAACGUUACGCGAUCAACGAAGCUGCGGAUUUGUUUGAAGAGGCGAAAGGGAUUCUGGAGAAUGAGUAUGGGCCGUACCAUCCCGACACGUUGGCGGUUUAUAGUAACCUUGCCGGAACAUACGACGCAAUGGGCAGGUUAGAGGAUGCGAUAGAGAUACUAGAGUAUGUUGUUGGGACAAGAGGGGAGAAGCUUGGGAUGGCGAAUCCGGAGGUUGAGGACGAGAGCAGAGGCUAGCUGCGUUGUUGAAAGAAGCUGGAAGAGGGAGCAAAAAAAAACAGAGCACUUCUUACACUUUUGGACAAGAACCCUGAGAUUGAACCGAAUUGUGGGCAGAGACCGGUUUAUUGAUGAACCGUGUUAUAUACAAACUUCGAGUUCAUAUACGGUAACUACAUGGUCGAGAGAAAAGGAGAGAAAAGGUUUUAUGUUUUCUGAUUUUAUUAGAGAAAAAGAAAGAAGAGGUUUUAUGUUUUCUGAUUUUAUUAGAAUCUCUGAUUCAGAAUACUACGAACAUUCAUGUUGCAUUUGUAUUUGUAUCUGUAUCUAUUGGCUUUUGAUUUUUUUUUGUUUGUUAUUAAUAAAGAGCAAGAGCAAUUCAUUUCUCGUUAUCA